AUGGUGAGCCGGUUGUUGGUGCGAGUCUGGGGCUGGAGGAGGCUGCGGACUGGAGUGGCACCCGAAGGCGCCCCUCCCAGCGUCACAGAGGUCCCCUGCCAGAUCAAGAUCCACCCAGAGCCGGGCGAAGCCACCACACACACGGCCGAGACUCUCGUGCAGUCCUACCAGUUUCCAGGGGACCGCACCAGCAGCCGUCGCUACUGGCUUCUGUUCUCCCUCCUCCUGGGCUCCAUCCUGUGGUGGCUGGGCCCGCUCAUGGGCAUCUUCGUGCUCGAUCCAUUCCUGCAGCUGCUGCUAGAUGCCUCCCAGGUCAUCACCCCCGAUACCGACUGCUAUGACAACCGUAUGAUCUCACAGUCCUGCAAGUCGGAGACCUUCAUUGACUAUUACUUUUUCAAUAUCACCAAUGCCGAGCAGUGGCUGGCGGGGACCGAGCCGCCAGCAUACCACGAAGUGGGACCCUACACCUUCGCCACGGGAGAGAAGCACUUUGACGUCCAGUACAGCUCGGACUGGAGCACGGUGUCCUACUCCUACUACCAGUGGCAGACGCUGCGGCCGGACCUGAGCUGCGCAGGGUGCAGCAUGAGCGACACCAUCGUCGGUGUGAACAGAGGUUACCAGCAGCUGCUGCAGUCGGCGGCGGGGGCGGCCAUGGACGCCGAGACGGGCAUGAUCUACUCCUUCAUGCCCUCCGUCCUCUUCACCAUCACCGCCUCCAUCGACGCCGCGCUGCGCCCCGCCACCACGCUCGCGCUUCAGGGCUUUGGCAUCACCGACCCCGUGCAGGUGGAUGCUGCGGUAACCUCGGCGGUGGCCUCGCAGUGGGCGGCCUGCGGCGCCCUGCUCGCCGCCAUGAGCAACCCGGCCUCAGGCGUGACCUCCCCCUUCCUGUCCAGCCUGGGGCCCUUCCCCUACCCCCCGGAAUUCUGCGCCUACCUCCCCGGCGCCAUGGCGCCCUACCUGGGCUUCCAGCCUGACCCCUCCCAGUUCGGCGUCCUUGGGCUGGCCAUGGACACGGGCGCGGCGGCCGCCUUCCUGGCGGCGGCAAAGGGCGCCACCAACGCCACGGCCAUGGACCCUGCAGGGGCGGCCUUCCUCGGCGCCUUCCUGACCACCCCCCGCGCGGCGCUGCUUGCGGGCCUGGCGGCCGCGCCGGCCACCCAGGCCCUGGCGCAGGUGCUGACCCCCAUCACCGCCACGCAGUGGGGCCUGCUCCAGGGCUACCUCGUCUCUCUGGUGCCCACCUGGGGGACGCUGGUCUAUCGCGGCUUCCUCCAAAGUUUCGCCGGCGGGGCCGGCCUGGUCCUCACCAAGACCGUGGACCAGUGGCUGAAUGGGUAUGAGGAUCCGAUCCUGCUGCUGGCCGCCAAGCAGCUGCACCCCACCACCUGGCAGCUCAUGCCCUGGACCUACACCCCACAACUGGCACUGGCCUUCCCCACGGAGGACGCCCCCUUGCGCUUCUUCCAGCAGACCACGGGGGCGCCGAUGGCGGUCCAGGAUCUGAGCUACCGCGCCUCGGACAUAGGCAGGUACCUCCCGCUCAUUCAACAGCGGGCCCUCUCCACGGGCCAGGCGGCCAACAGCACGCUGUUGGGGGUGGAGGAGUACCGUGGGGUCCCAUUUGUGGCAUACGCGGACGGCAUCAUGAACAUGACGGGCAUCUCCGAGGGUCUGUUGGUGCUGGACACCAACAACCCUGCCACCCAGCCCAUCAUCUUUGAGGCAGGCCUCCUCCGGCCCCUGCAGACGCGGCAGAGGGGGACAAAGAGCUCGGUGAAGAAGAUCCACACGGUGCAGUUCGCGAUCGACCCCGUCAGCCUGGCCUCCUGCAAUGCCAGCGCCUAUGCUGCGUGGGCGCAGGCCACUCAGUUUGACCAGGGCAAGUUCCAGACGGCCAUUGGAGCUCUGACGGCAGCCAGCAAUUACUGGGACCUCGUGCAGAACGACAUGGCCCUGACUACUUUCUUUGAGGGGACCAGAUUUGGAUCGCUGGGGCCCUACUUUGGGACAGAGGACCCACAACGCGACAGGUGUCUCAUCCCCGACGAGUUUGAGGGGGUGUUUGACCUCAGCGCCGUCUUCAGCUGCCCAACCCUCUUCUCGUUUCCCCAUUUCUACCUGGCCGACGAACGGAUCGUGAACAGCACCGGGCAAAGUGAGUGGCAGCCAGACCCCGUCUCUGACGGCUGGUACUUUGAUGUGGAGCCUUUCACCUCCUUCACGGUGGGGGCCCACAAGGUGUACCAGGUCAACAAUCUAGUAAGCCGCAUCCCUAGCUUCCAUCUGCUAAUGUACUGGCAGCCGACAGACACCAAUGCCCUGGUCAUCCGGGGACUGGUCACGGCCCAGAGCGUCCUGUACUACACCCUCGUGGUGGCGUGCCCGGUGGCUGGGUGGCUAGCCCUCAUCGUCAGCCUCCUCCUCCUGCACGCAACCAGCGCGGCCAAGGCCCGCAGGCUCGUCCUGGCACGGCUGCAAAAGUCUCGGGCCCGCUCCACCCGCCUGGGGAAGCAGGAGGCUGAGAUGGUGGAGGCCCUCGUCAGGGUCGCGCGGGGGAGCGCAAAUGUGGUGGUGCCCCUAGACGUCAGCGAGUCGCUGGAGGAAGCAACGGAGCAAGGCGAGAGCGGGAGUGAGGACGGGGCGCAGCGGCCUCCUGCUGCGGCAGAGGACCCCUUUGCGGCCCGUAAGGCGGCUGGAGAUCAGGGCCACAACUCCGCCCCCCUGGACGCCCUGGCCGGCAAGGUGGCGGCAUUGGAGGCCGAUGAGCAGGGUGACAGCUGGCCCGUGAGGCCUGUGGUGCUGUGCAUGGACGCGCCCAGUGGAUCCACGCCGCCCCCGGGGAGCCGCCCCAGACCCUCCCCGCGCAUGGGCCUCCCCGUUUCCACGACCGCGCGGUCGGGGGAGUCCGGCGGGCUGAUUGCGGCGAUCCACCCGGCUGCGCCGGGGGGAGCUGCUGACAGCGCAGAUGCGAAUGACAGCGACGUGGAACGGGUUCUGCCUCGGCCGAGUGACAGCGCCAGCCCCGGCCGGCGCGGCCGAAAUCUUGAUCCAGUGGGGGCUGCCUCGCCGGCAUGA